AUGUUUGGACGAGUGCUGUCCAUUCGUUUCAAGGCUAAGUACCACAUAAGAUCGAGCCAAAAACCAUGCUCUCUAGCCAGGAGGCGUACCAAAAUUCUCAAUGGGGCGCCUGCAGUAGCCGCGUCUCCUGCAGCUGGAAAGAGCUGUCGAAUUUCCGUGGAGAAUCUUGCAUCAAGGGAAGGGAAAGGGAACCUAGAAGCGAGAAGGAUUAGCGCAAGUGAUGGUCAGCCAUGGCUUGAUGCGGAUGUGCGGACAUUUGAAGGAACACGGAGGUUGCGGUUCCCCGGUCUUGGUUUUCGGACCCUAACUUGGUCGUUGCAUCCUUGGCUGAUCAUUGGUUUACUAUACACAUUCACUACUCGAGAGGCGUUUGCUUGUCGACAAAAGAAAAAACCAUACUACGGUUUAGUGCAAGAAACAUAUAGUAUCCAGGUCACCAGUCAUAAGUCUACCUACUCUCUAAACUACUAUAAAAUAGCACGGUCUCAAUUUACUCGCUAUCAAGUUCUCGCUUCUCUGAAACACCACGGAAUCUUUCCCAAUCCAAGCCCCGUUCUCAGCUACCGCCGAUACAUACAUCGGUCAUUCUGGUCGGCACCUCCUGUAUACGAACCCAUAGCAUUGGGAUCCAGUGGCAUCGACGAGCUUCAACAAUGUAAGUCAGCAGUCAGUGCGGACCAUUACGAGAGAAGAGAAGGUUGGCUCACCUCCAAGCAUAGUAUCGCACAAACACAUCGCAUUGGUUGGUGGGCCUGUGUCCCAGUCCUGAAAACGAAUCUCCAGGUAGCGCACUGCGUUGCCAUAAUGUGGUUUUAUAGGCAUAGAGAGCCAAUGUUAGUGGCGAGGCCGACUAACCAUUAUUCUCCGGAUGUUGUUUUCAGUGGUGAUGUAGGAGUAGCCUUGUACUUUCAUAGGCUCUCGUAUUCAGAUAAACUAGCCGGUUGGCCUUUUAUGAGCCCGUCUUCUGACAACGAAGACAUUCGAGCCCGCCAUAUUCACCUAGUAUCGCUUUGA